AUGAGCCGCCCGGGGCUCCUCCCGGCCCUGCUGGGGCUGCUGCUGCUUUUGGGGCCCGGGGGCGCCGCGGGGACCCCGGGGCGGCUCCCCGAGGACGCGGAGCAGGAGCACGGCUACUACCUGCGGCAGCUCUUCGGGCAGUACGGGCAGAACGGCACGCUGCCCUCCGAGGGGCUGGCGCGGCUGCUGGGCAGCCUGGGGCUGGGCAGGGUGCAGGUGGUCCAGAUCCAGCACGAGGAGCUGGGCCACGGCCACGUCAGCCACCUGGACCUGCUGGAGGUGCAGGAGGACAAGCACCGCCACCGGCACCCGCUGCGGGAGCACGGCGGCGACGCGGCUCCGAGCACCGGAGCGCCCCUCAGCCCCCCGCCCUCCCGGCCGCCGAGCUGGCCCCGGCCCGUGCCCGCCGAGCCCCCCGGGGCUGCGGGGGUCCCCCGGCAGUACCGGCCCAGCCUCAGGCUGCUGGGCAGGGUGCUGGGCUUGGAGCACUCCAGCGCCGACCACCCGCACGACGAUUGCCUGAACGUGAGCCAGCUGCUGCUGAAUUUCGGGCUGGACUCGGCGGCGCAGCUGACGCCGGAGCAGUUCACGCUGCUGUGCCCGGCGCUGCUCUACCAGAUCGACAGCCGCGUCUGCAUCCAGCACAGCGACGAGGUGACGCCGCCUGCCCCCGCCGGGACCCUGUGGUCAGCGCUGGGCUGGGCGCUGCUGGCCGUGCUCUCGGUCAGCCUCCCGUCGGCGCUGGCCGCGGCGCUGCUGCCGCUGCGGGCCCGCGGCUCCCGCCGCUCGCUGCUCGCCUUCCUGGUGGCGCUGGCCGUGGGGACGCUCUGCGGGGACGCGCUGCUGCACCUCUGGCCGCACGCGAACGGGAAUCACCCGGAGGCAGCGGGGGAGCCGAGCCCCGCCGUGCUGCAGGGGCUGGCGGUGCUGGCGGGCAUCUACCUGCUCUUCGUGCUGGAGCUGCUCCUGGGGAUGCUGCGGCACCGGCGGGAGGCCACGGGACGCCCCCACGGAGAGACCCCCGGGAUGGGCGCGGGGGUCCUGGCACCGUCACGGGCAGGUACGACCCCCUCGCACCCCCCGCCAGAGCCGCCGGUCCCGGCGCGCACCGGACGGAGCCCGGCUGUCCGUCCCGCCGCAGGGACCGAGCUGCGGCGCCUGACGGCUCCGGGAGCGGAGCUGGAGCCGAGCCCCGGCGAGCCGCACCGGGAGCUCCCCCCGGGACCCUCGCACGGGCACUCGCACGGGCCCGCGCUGCCCCUCGGGCCCGGCGCCGCCGACUUGGCGUGGAUGGUGGUGCUGGGAGACGGCGUCCACAACCUGACCGACGGGCUGGCCAUCGGCGCCGCCUUCUCGCACAGCGUCUCCAGCGGGCUCAGCACGGCGCUGGCCGUGCUCUGCCACGAGCUGCCCCACGAGCUGGGAUUUUGGGACCCCCAGGAUUUUGGGACCCCCAAAGGUUUUGGGACCCCCCAAGAUUUUGGGGCCCCUCGAGCCUUCGGCCUCUGCCCCCCCUCGAACAACAUCGAGAACGGCCGGGGCGAAUAA